GAUUGCAGCAGACGAUGUUCCUGACAUCCUCGAAAGCCAGUCCUGUGUCCUGGCCUCCCUGGCUCUGUCCCAGCUCUCCUGGCCUCCUGACCACAGAAGUCACAAACCCUAGUCACUCAGGUUUUGUCCUUCACACUUGAUACAUGCAUACAUUGGAUCGCCAGUCCUCCUCGUUCUGCCUCCAUGACCCUGACAGUGAGUGCCUCACUCAUUCCCCCUAGUCCUGCCCCUGCCCCAGUCCCAGCUCUAUUUGUCCCAUCAGCAACUAGACUAGAGGGUUGCUCCAGCCAGUGUGGGGCCAUUCCCCUCUUCCCUAGGGAGUGCCCUCCUUUUAGGACCAGGGCUCCAGCUCAUGUUUCAAGUUCUCAGCGUGGCUCUGCGAGGUCCCGUGGACAAGUCUGGGAAGUACUCUCAGCGCAGUUCCCACGGCGGGGCUCACAUGGGACCAGCGGAGUGGAACUGCGCUGUGACCCUCUGGAAUGGUGAUUCCGAAAAGCAGGGCUCUUCAGACUUCUUGGGAACCAGGAGGAGGAAGCAGGAGGCCUGCUCAUAGAAGCAAAGAUCUGGCUCUGAAGAGCAAAGAUGGAUACUCAAGUCCUGACCCUUCGCUGGGAUGGAAGAAUUGACCUGAGAGAGACUCACUAGUCCAUACCCUUCGUGACCCUGGAGGGUGCAGAUAUGGGUGGAUUAAAGACUUUACGGACCCAGUCUGAUACUGGCUGCUCCCGCUGUGAGGAGAGCCUUCUCUCCCUCCUGACUGGAGCCAAGAACACCAGCUCCUGGCACAUCAUGGCCACCAGACAGAACUGGACACCAGACUCCAGCCCUUUGUGGUUCCUGUUCCUGUGUACCCACAUCGUCUCCCAUUUGGCGAGAGCCACACCUGUACCCCAGGUCGUCACAGCUGCUACAGUCUCAGCUGGGAUCACAGAAGACCCCGCCCCCUCCCACCCCUCAACGCUUCCAGCAACUAAGCGGUGCCCAGCAUUGGAGGUGACCUGGCCAGAAGAUGGAAUCUCACCAAAUGGAACGCUGACUCUGUCCUGUACCGCCUGUAGCCGCUUCCACCACUUCAGCAUCCUCUACUGGCUGGGCAACGGUUCUUUCAUCGAGCACCUCCCAGACCGGCUAUGGGAGGGCAGCACCAGCUGGGAGCGCAGGGGUGCCAGCACUCAGCUGAAGAAGGCCUUGGUGCUGGAGGAGUUGAGCCCCGUCUUGCUCAACACCAACUUCUCUUGUGUUUUCACGGAUCCUGAGUACACUGUCCAGCGCCACGUUGUCCUGGCCCAUCUCUUGAACUUGGCCCAUUCUAAGAGGGACUAUGGGAAGAGUACCACUCAGAAGUUAAAGACAAAACCAGAUUCAGGGGACACAGGCCCUCAGAAAAAGACAGCAUAUACUGCUUCAUGAGCAGAGGCCAGGAGAAGGGACUUGAAAGAAGCGAAUGGGAGCAGCCUUCACCCAAGCUGCCCAGCCAUGAACAUGGACACAAUCCUACUGCUUCCCUCUCCUAAUAAACCAAAUCAGCAAGUCUCCUAACUGCACCCCGCUCUGCUCUCACAUCCUUCCCUGAUCUGUCAUCAACUCUCACCUAGACUGACAACGGCAUCUGAGAGGUACCAGAGCAGUGACAAACAAGGACUCAAGCCAGGCGGCCCAGGUCCAAGCCCAGCUCUGUCACUGUGGGACCUUGAGCAAGUGACUGCCCAUCUAUGCUCCAGUUUCAUCUGUUAAAUGAAUUACUAUUUUUCAAGUGUCUAUAACAGUGUCUGACACAAGUCUUAUUAAAUAACAACAAAUGCU